AUGGACUAUCGUGAUCCUUUUAAGGAUUUGACCUUUGACGGUCGCCCUGGUCAGUACCGAGAGUUCAGACGGAAGGUGAUUCUAUCCGUAGCUGCACUGGAAGACAAGAACCAGCACUUGGCAGGACCGAAGCUUUUGAGUUGCCUGUCAGGUGAAGCUUGGAGAUGCACCGAACACCUAUCUGUUGCUGAGCUACGUUCUGACAAAGGAUGGCUGCUCGUUUUGGAUACACUGGAUAAGCACUAUAGACACUUGCCUGAGGUAGAGCUGCAUGAGUCAAUAGAUGAAUUCCUUUUCCAUUUGAAGAAACGACCAGCUGAAGGAACAACAGCAUUUUCAGCUAGGUUCAAGACCGCCUUGAGUCGCCUGGAAAAUCUGAUACAACAGGAACGUGAAGCUGCACAUGCCAAACGCCGCAAACGUGGUGAUUCCAAGCGUCGUUUGGAGCCUGCAUCACCUGUUGCCAGUUCCUUGGAAGAUUCUGAUGAUUUGCCACGCCGGCAAUCGGAAAGUGCUGAACAUACCGAUGACACCGAUGAGAAUGUCGAGCCUCCUGCUCAAGCUGAACCGGAAGUGCCUGAGCCACCACCAGCCCAGGCCAAAGCCUCAGGUGCCGAACCUUCGGAGCCUCAGCCGAAGGCAGUGCCACGACGUGCCCCUUCUGCUGCAUCUGAAUUUGCAAGUGGUAGAGAUUCAGUUCGCAGUUCGAUGAAGGGUUCCAAGAAAGCCAAAUCAACCACUGGUACUGAGAAAGGAGAUGUCGACAAAGCAAAGCAAACAAUGCAGAGAAUGCUUGGCACCCUAGAGCCAUCACACAGAAAGCCAAAGCCGAUUUUCCCUCAGUCUGUUCUUGGACACCUUUUCAUGCGGAAGUUUGGAUUGAAUCGUGAGCAACGCACUUUGGUGAUUCGUUCAACUGGUGGUAGUUCCCGAUUUUUGGAUGCGGAAAGAAUUUUGCGUGCCUCAGACUUGGAAGACCAACGAGAAGACCGCAAACCACCCAAGAUCCAACUGAAACCUGGACGCCGUGAGGCGUAUGCUGUUCAAGAACAAGAUGAUGAGAGUUCCUCCAUCGACAUGCCCAUCAGCGAUUCAGGCGAUGAUGAUGCCGAGGUCUACAUGGGUGAGGACAAUGGGGAAAAUGAUGAAAGUGAAGAUGAGUUGGCUGAAGUGUUUGAAAUGCAGAAAAAGGCAAAAAGGGAUUUCCGUAAGAACUACAAAACAUACAAAGAGACCAAGAAAAAGGUCAAAGAGAUAAAGAAAUCCAGAGCUGGCCCAUCAACAUACUAUCCAGUUGUCGCUGUUCCACCCGAUGGUUCUGCAGCUGGUAGCUCACAGGGUUCAACUCUCAAGCCCUUCAAGCCUGAUUCCAAAGUUUCCAAGAGGAAAGGUGAUGGUAAAGGUCCCAAGUCAUCUGGAAGAAAAGAAGAUGUAAAUCUUACACAAGCCGAGAUCGCAAGCCAUUUUUCCUACAUGAUCACCGAGUUCAACCUUUCCUGCACAACUGAUUCUACAGCAGAUGAUGUGUUUUUGGCCUCCAUUCCUCAGGGAUAUGCCAUCGUUGACACAGGUUGUACCACGUCAGUGAUAGGUUUGGAAACCGCCAAGAGCCUUGUCGAGCACUUCAAGGAGAAUGGGUUUCCGCCUCCAGUCGAGGUCAACCUGCCUGCUCUGGAGCUGAAAGGUUUUAACGGGAAAACAGAGACCACCACUGCCGGUCUCAAGUGGAUCAGAAGCCCUUCAGAGGAACGCCGACCUGUGAAUCCAAUGAGCGUUGCCAUUUUUGCAUUCCGGCAUGUUGACAGUGACCAUGUCAAAUCACAUGAAGCUGCCUGCGCAUCACCCACCGAUAAUGAACUCCCAGUAGAAGCACUCUAUGAAGAUGUAAGUUGGGUUGAAUUAGAUAACAAACUGCCCAUGACAGACAGCAGUGUCCACAACUUGAAGAAAAGCAUUGGCUCCUUGCGCAAAGCCAGUCUUCGCCUGGUCCUGUCCCGUCUUGCCACAAAUCCGAAGCAAGUCCGUGCCGAGCUGAAACAAUGGCUUGGUGAUCAAGCUUCCAAGUUGGAUUGCAAAGUUGGUUUGAUAGAGGUUUUCACUGGCAGAGCACGUUUGUCCGAAGAGUAUGAGAAACAAACUGGAAAGGCGAGCAUCCGACUUGGUCUGCAGUAUGGCCAGGACUUCACGAAGUUGCAUGAUCGUAGAUGCCUCCUUUAG